GCGAAGAGCGUGGUUGGAUUUUUAAGACUCGGAGAAAAAUUACAGAGUACUCUAGAAAAGCUCAUAGGCGCCCUUGUCUAACAACUAUCAAUACCGGACAUGACUCCCCUGCCAGUCGUCUAUGAUGGAGUCCAACAACCAGCGUUAGACAUUGUUUCCAUACCGGCGCUCCCGACGUUAGCACCACAAUAUAAGCCAAGGGUCCACAACCAAUGGCUUCGUCAAGUUCUCAGCCAUCAGAUCCCGCAUGCGCGGAUUAUGGCAUUUCAGUAUGGGCUUACUAGAGAGGAAAGCGACGGUAAAGACGGUAUAUCGUCGUGGAAGAUGCUGUUGGAACAUGCAAUAGCCUUGCUAUUGGGUCUUACAAUGCGGCGAGAAGGCGUUGAGCAGAGGCCGAUUAUCUUUGUCUGCCAUAGUUUCGGUGCUUUCAUUCUCAAAAAGGCUCUUCUCGUUGCAAAAGAACAGUACCAGUUCCGUUACAUCCUAGAAAGUACGGGCGGCGUCGUCUUUCUUGGCUGCCUUCACGAUGAGAGUAACCCGCACUUCGAAGACCUCUGUAUUAAAUGCGCGGCCGUCGAAUUUGGAACGAUUAAGAAAACGGAACUAUUGAAGAAGUCAAAUGAUUGGUAUGCUAUGAAAGAGGUCAUGGAGCAGUUCCGGACCUUAAGCGCACCGUUUCAAGUUCGUGGCUUCUUCGAACUCAGGCCGACCAUGUAUCAGGCUGGCCGGUUUUCCGUCGUGAGAAAGUCCGAAUGCCUGUGCCCGAGACAUGUCUCAUCAUUAGGUUGGGAAAAUGAGGAAAUAAUUGGGGUCGAGGCGAACCAUGAACAAAUCAUAACUUACCCCCAUAGGAGUGAUGAGCAGUUCUUUGAUAUCUUCAUGUCCACACUCGAGGAUUUGGUUGAUAGUAUCUGCCCGGCCUCCACCCGACGUACCUUUCCCAGCUCCGAAGAACCUUCCGAGCUUUCCACGCCUUGGGAAGUGUUCCAUAGUGUUUCCCCAAGCGCCUCCCAUCUGAGCAUCCUUUCAGACGCCCAAGUUCGAGAGUCGUUAUUAGGCCUUAGCAUCAAAAGCCAGACCGUGCCGGGGGCGAUUAUUCCUUGUUUUGUUACAACUCCUUAUGAGAAGAACCCAGAGUUUGUCGGUAGAGAUGAUAUUCUUGAAAAGAUCCACCACGCACUUGCACCAACCGACGACGCUACACAUAGACUCAACACGUUCGUCUUAGCAGGUCUCGGCGGUUUAGGCAAGACCCAAAUUGCCAUCGAAUAUGCAUUUCGCUACCGCGACAUCUAUCCUGUUGUUCUAUUGGCACACGCCGACGGAGAGGCUAAAUUGGCUGAGAGCUAUUCUCACUUUGCCCAAGAACUCGGACUCGCUAGUGAUAAGAAGCUAAGCCCGGAGGCUACGAAACAGGCUGUGAAAGAAUGCCUGGCUACUCUCGACGUCGAUUGGCUCAUGAUUAUCGACAAUGCCGAUGGAGAGGACAAGGAAGCCCUAUUCAAGGAGUAUCUUCCCGAAGGCGACCGCGGAGCCGUUCUUAUUACCACUCGCGAUCUUCGCCUAAUUGCGCAGAAGGGUGGCAUUGAGCUUAAAGUAUUAGAUAAAGAAAGUGCUGUUAACCUUCUAAUAGCUAUGUCGCGUUUCAAUGGCGACAAGCUGGACGAUGACGAACGAAUCGAAGAGCUCGACGCUGCAGUUAACAUUGUUAGGCGGAUCGAUUAUUUACCAUUAGCCAUCAUGCACGCUGCAAAUCUAAUUAUUUCGGAUUCCUGUACAUUUUCAGAAUUUUCUGAGGCGUAUAACAACCGUGAAUUGAUCCAGGACUGUGAAGAAGUUCGCUUGAUCAAUCAGUCCAACGGUUCAACAUAUCGUUACUCACUUCGAACCGUCUGGAACAUGAACUUUGACCGCCUAGAAGCUGGACCCCGAAGCUUGAUAAAGAUGUUGUCUUACAUGGACCCUGAUCGAGUCCAACUACGUCAUCUGACUGAAGGCGUAGAGAAAGCGAAAGAUCCAGUACUAGAUUUUAUGGACAGUGCUUAUAAAAGAAACAAGUUGAAAACGCACCUCUUGCGAAGCUCACUUGUAACCCAGAGCGAGAAACACAAGGAACUUCGGAUGCAUCGACUAGUACAAGCAUCGUGCCACCUACGAAUGGACCUUGCCGAGCGUCGUCAGAGCUUUCAAAAUGCAAUCACGAUUAUCAAAUACUGCUGGCCAGUCCCUCCGAGGUCAGCCAUUUACGACCCAUCACUAUGGGAUGCGCAGCAAGCUCUUUUACCACAUGUGCAGUCUUUAUGCGCGCAUUACGUCGCAUCUUGUAAGGAAGGGAACCCUCUCAUUCCUCAAGAAGCGGCGAACUGGGAUUUUGCGGCAAUUCUGUAUGAAGCUGGAUGGUACUGCUACGAAAGGGCGCUUCUUGGUUCUAUCAAUGGGCUCCUAUUGCCUGCCGAAGAGUAUUGUCUCCUCCACCUUGACGAAGGCGGCGGCUACCGUAUUCUAGCUGAUGUCUACGGUGGCCUUGGGUCGCUUCAUACCGAGUCGAACAUGUUCUACGAAGCCCAUAAUAGCUUCCGCAAAGAAUGGGGCUACCUCGAACGUGCGUUUGAAACCGGCGAGCUCGAACGACCAAGUAUAUGGGAAGUCUUUGGUCUCGCACGUCUUGCCAAUGGUCUUCAUGGAUUGAACCGAUAUAAAGAAGCAGAAGAAUAUUACUGCCGAGCACUAAAAGCAUGGGAUGGCUUACCUGGAGAUCGCACGGUGUACACGACAAAUCUGGGGACGUGUUUGUGGCUACAGGGUCGGUUGGAUGAUGCCGAGAAGAGGCUCCGACCGCUGGUUAAGGAUAAAGAUGAUGCAACAAACUUCAGAACCGGAUAUGCGCUUCUGGCCCUAGGGAAUGUCCAAAUUAGCCAGGCAAUCGCUCUGACCGAAGAGGGCAAGAAGAAAGAGUCUGAGGCUAAAUAUGAAGAGGCUAUGGAGACGCACUUGCAGUCCCUCAAGCUGUAUACUCUCACAAUUGGGCCUAAACACCACCGGACGGCAGACACCUACCAUAAGGUUGGCUGGCAUUUCCAUCGUCGCAACAACUACGAUGCAGCAUUAUCAAUGCUUGAGAAAGCAUUGGAGAUUUACAUGAUGAAUCCCGAGCAUCUAAAGAACGAAAUAGCUCGGACAAGGUACAAGAGGGGAUGCUUAUACCAAGACAUGGGAGAACGUCAACGAGGCACUGAGGAGAUCCGCGAAGCAGAAAAGAUGAGAAGAGAAAUUAUUGGGCCCGAGAAUUGGAAACCUGCAGGGGGAGAAGAGGAUUUCGACGCGAUAGUACAGUUUUGGAGUAGAUGAAUUCCUGGUGCUAUGUUUUCAUAUGUAUUUAAU